UUAUGUAAAUUAAUUGAAGUAUUGAAUACUACAAUAUUGAUGGAUCGAAAAUACUCUAUAAUUUAUAUAAAAAGAAUAAUAUCUAGCGUAGUGAUUAUUAAAUUGUUUCAACAUUCCUGUAGCCCUAUUACGUAUUGCAUUAGUGAUAACAAUGUAUCUGUUUGAAUUGUAAUUAAAAAGGAAGCGAGUUCCGAUAGUGUGUGAGCAAUAAAUUUUUAUACGGUUUAGUGUUCGAUAAGUAAACAAAGCAAUGGGCUGAAUAAAAUGUUCAAUAUCAAACGGGCGAAACCCGUUACAUCCAAAACUGAGUCAUUAAGGAAAUAUUCUAGGAAAGAAUUACCACAAAGAUGUUUAUAAACUCAUUUGUAAUGGACUUACUGUGGAUGUAUGACGUGCGAAGUGUUGUUAUACUUUGAAAUGGCAUACGAGAAAGGGUUUGCAGUUCUGUUUGCUAAUGGAAGUGAAAUAUUUAACUUAUCGGACUCUGAGUUGGGUUCAGUGCAGUUGUUUAAGGAUUACCCAGAUGGACUUUUGCGGUUCACGGCUGCUUGUUCCUUGGUCUUCAUGAUUAUUGGGAUACCCGGCAACCUCAUUACUAUCAUCGCUCUGGCACGAUAUGAGAAGGUACGCAACGCAACCGCAAUAUUCAUUAUGAACCUAUCGUGCUCAGAUCUGCUGUUCUGCUGUUUCAAUUUACCCCUGGCCAUUUCUACCUUCCUCAAUCGGUCUUGGGUACACGGCAUCAUAUUCUGCAAGCUGUAUCCCAUGAUGAGAUAUGGUCUCGUAGCCGCCUCCCUGUUUACCGUCCUGGCUAUUACAAUCAAUAGAUAUGUAAUGAUCGCACAUCCCAGACUAUACCCAAAGAUGUAUAAAACACGGAACAUAGGUCUUAUGCUGGUGGUAAUAUGGAUCGCAGCUUUCAGCGUUUUAAUACCGACAGCUUUCGAUAAAUGGGGCCGAUUCGGACUGGACGUAAAAAUCGGCUCCUGUUCCAUUAUUGAUGACAAGAACGGCCAAUCGCCAAAGAAGCCCCUGUUUUUAACUGCCUUCAUACUUCCUUGUGUUGCGAUAAUCAUUUGCUACACUCGUAUUUACUUCAUAGUUCGGAAAACGUCUAAAAAAUCUAAAGGUGUGGUGCCGUACAAGGGAGAACAACAACCGUCGUGCGUUGAAUCAUCGUCCGUUGAUUCGUCGGAAUCAAUUUCAGUUAGAGUUUCUGGUCCCGAAGUGAGCAGUAGCGAUAAUAUGGAAAGCUAUUCUGAACAAAGUAAAAAUGGAGCCGCUCAAAAGGCGGCAACAUUUCAGAUCCAAAGUAGAGAUGACAUUAAAAGACCUGAGAACAGACUUCGUAGAACAGCUCUAAGAAAGUCUAUGGCGAUGCUAAAACUGACUCUCCCGACACGAAAGGAUAGAAGACUCGGAACUAUGAUAAUGGCCAUAAUGGUGACGUUCUGCGUGUGCCAUCUACCGAUAACAAUAACUAAGACGUUACGAGACAUGAAUCCUAUACCGGCGUCAACGUUAUCAUCCUACAUUCUAUUGUAUUUAUCUUCCUGUAUGAACCCAGUGAUUUACGUGGUAAUGUCAAACGAAUACAGGAAAGCUUACAAAAAUCUUUUAAGAUGUAGGCGGAGGUCAUGAUAUUUUUCAAAUUAAUUUAGGAACUACAUUUCGUGAAGUAUAUAAUAGCGCUUGAAUGAAUACUCAGUAUCUAUAAUUUAGUUUUAAAGUUUCUCUGUUGCAUGUUAGAGGAAAAUAUGAUUGUAAAUAGUAAAAACUCUAGAUAUUAUUUAAUAGGUUAUUUGUCUCUUGAAAUAAGUAAGUAUAACAUAAGUAAUUGUGUAUAUUACAUAAUUACGCCGGAUGUAUAGUUGUAAGUAGAUUGAAUGUAUAAACGGGCCCAAGGAGUAAUAAAACUUGACAUUCCGUACUGUAUAAUUUUGUAUCAGCCAUAUAAAAGGAGUUGUACGAACAACAAAAAUUCUGUAUACGAAUAGGUAUUAUAAUAUUAUCAGAUAAUUGGCAAUAACGUAUGCAUAUUUGUAAAUAAUAUAAGUAUCGAAUGGAAACUAUUACUUGCUCGACGAACGAGAAUAACUCACUAAAUAAUAUAAUAUUGUUAUGAUGUUACUAUAAACAUUUUAGACGUGGAAUUGU